AUGUGGGUGCUGGUCGAGUCGACGACUGCUGGUGCGCGCGGGACCGCCGUGGCUCCGCCCGCCGGAUCGGUGCUGCGAGGGUCUGUCGGCCUCAUGCCGCUGGCCGACGGCUCGUGGGUGGCGAUCCGCUCGAUCUCGGGAUCGGCCCAGGAGUACGCCGGGCUGCUGCGGCAGUGGCGCGACGCCGUCGCCAGCUUCACCGAGGAGGCGUUCGUGGACUGGCACAUCCCCGGGCCGCGGACUUGCCUGCGGUGCUGCAAGUUCAUCGACCGUCGGCAGGGGGGGCCGCUGGACCACUUCAGGUUCUGGAAGGCGACCCUCGGGCUGGCGGCCGACGACUACGGCGUGAACGACUACGAGGCCGGGAUGCGCGCGAUCUACACGAUGGCGUGCUGGGGCGGCUUGGACCUGCCAAACAUCGCGGGCGCUGAGCAGAUCCUUCGGAAGUGUCAGAUGUACGAGUACGUCUACGGGGGCCCAGCGGUGGUGGCCCGCCAUUCGCUGGAGAUGAGCACUUCAAGGGCAUGCCUUGCGGUCGCCAACGUGAUCUAUUUCCACUGCCACGUCCUGAUCAACAGCGUCAGGUCCGUUCAGAGGCGAACAGCUUCGCUUGCACACGUUCUGUGGCCCGUCGUGGUCUUCGACGGGGUGGUUAAUACUCUCAACGAGCUGUACGUCGGCCAGCCCUGUCGCCACGGCGACCACUCGCAGCCUGUCUUUGCGGGUCAGCAGCGGGCCUUGGACAACGUUCGAGAUGCUGUCCGACGGUUCGGUAAGCCCCCGGAGGGAUUGACUGGCUCAGGAGCCCUUGAGGAGCUCCGAGUCCUCAGCGACUACGCCGGCGAGAGUGCCACGGUCGCUCCGUUCAGCUUUGAUAACAUCAACAGCCUCUCGCUCCCGGACGAGGGUUUCGCGCUGGUGGCGCUGGACACGCUGGGAGGAGGAGCUGGCCGUAAGAUAGUUGAACGGCUUCAUGAUAUGAUGCUGUCCCAGUCCGAGGGUCGGGCUCGGAUUGAGUCCGACGGUCCUCGGAAGCUUUACAUUGACCCGGCGCUCAGGAACCCCAAGCUGUACAUCCAGCUGCUGCGGAUCCUCGAGCGCCGGAACCUCAUCGACUACUACGCUGACAAGGCGUGCAGCGUGGGUGUGUUCUUCGUUUAUAAGAAGUCGGGGAAGCUGCGGCCCAUCCUGGACGGCAGGCAUGCGUCCCUGCACUUCAAGGCCCCCGACAAGGUGGCCCUUGCGUCUGGCGCCAGCUUCGCUGGUCUUCACGUGGACAGCGGGAAGCCCAUCGCCGUGGCCGAGGUGGACCUGGCCGACGCCUUCUACACGAUGCUGCUGCCGCCGGAGUUCCGACGGUACCUUGCGCUGCCGAGCUGCCGCGCGGGCCAGCUGGGGCUUGACUGCACCUCGGAUGGGCGCCCUCUCAGCGGGACGGACCUGGUCUACCCCUGCUUCCGGUGCCCGCCGAUGGGCUGCUCCUUCAGCCUCUGGAUCUGCCAGACGAUGUUGGAGGCGACCGCGCUGCAGGUGCCCCAGCUGACCGUGGCCAACCGCUUCGUGGACAGGCGUCCUGUGCCGGGUGUCACCAGCGACGUGAUCCACACCGAGUACGUGGACAACGCGCUGAGCCUCUCGACCGACCCGUCGGUGGCGUCCGCGGCUGCCGCUGCUGUCGACUCUCGGCUCCGGGCGGCUGGCUUACCAACCCACGGGGUCGAGUGCAGUUUCGGCGCUGCCGCGCUGGGCUGGCAGUUCGACGAGAAGUUCCCGAUCAUCGGACUGAACCCGGCGCUGCGGUGGAAGCUGCGGCUGGCCUGCCUGGAGCUGUGCCGGAAGGGCUUUGCUUCGGGCAAGACGGUCUCGCGCGUGGUCUCACACUUUACAUCGAGGGCGCUGAUCUGGCGCGAGCUUCUGUCCUGUCUCAACUCGCUGUACGCUUUUUCUGCCCAGUAUGGUGGCCGAACUGCUCGGCUCUGGCCCUCUUGCCUGCGCGAGCUCCGCUGGUGCGCCAGUCUGGUCGUGUUCUGCUUCCGAGACGCGGGUGCCGCGUUUGACAGCAGGCUCACGAUGGUCGACGCAUCGUGGUGGGGCGUGGGGGUCACUCAGAAAACAUCGUCGUCAGCUGUUGCGCUGGAGUUAUCACGGUACAACGAGAGGUGGAGAUUCAGCAAGACUCAGGAGGGUGGCGUCUCACAUCGGUCCCUCGCCCUGAAGGCUCAGAGCUCUGGAGACCCCUUCGUGCCCGAGUCGGUCGCAACCUUCGAGAAUCCAGGGGGCUUCCAGGAGGUGAUCACGGACUUGGAGGAGGAUGAGGAGUUCGUCGUGUCGAGCUCCGCGUUCGAGGUGGAGGAGGUGACCCAGGUGGAGAAUGAGGAGUUCCCGGAGAUCCCAGAGGCCGUCUGGGCGGAGGGGUGGUACCCGGUCGUGUCGCACAGAUGCGGCACUGCCUUCUUUUGGCGCUGGGUGCCUUCCGAGCGGAACUCCGCGGACCGCGCCUCCAGGAACCUGCCGGGCAGCCUGCCUUCGGGCCCCCGCCUGGCCUCGAGCAAGAGGCGAGCUGGGACCCCAGCCGGGCGGACUACUUCCUCGGCAGCGGCUUCGACAUUGGGGCUGGCCCUGGCGGCCGAGCCGCUGGAGCGGACGGCCCGUGCGAAGCGUCGGCGGACCAGGCACCCAGAGGGCGUCCACUGGCGGGGACCUGGACAGCGGUCAUUCCUGGAGCAGAAGGCCGUGAACACCAGGACGACGCUGGACUACCAGGCCCGAUACCACCGUUUCCUGACCUGGGCCGAGGCUGCGAGGCUCCCAGUGCCCACCAUCCCAGAGCUGGAGGAGACGCUCCUGGAAUACUUCAACGAGCUGUACUUCGAGGGCCACGAUUCGCCGGACGGGUCGAAGCUGGCGGCCGCCGUGACCCACUUCCGACUGGACCUGCUGCCGAAGCUGAUCAACAUGCCGCGCGUGCAGCGGGCGCUGAAGGGCUGGAAGUCCAUGGCGCCCCCCCGGGCUCGCCUGCCCCUGCCCUGGCCGGUGGUGGCGUGGAUGGCGGACUGGAUGGUGACGAACGGGUUCGAGGCGGCGGCGACGGCAACCGUGCUGGCCUUCAUCCUCUACCUGCGGCCCUCCGAGCUGCUGUCCCUGCGCGUGAUCUCGGUCGCGCGGCCGGUGAAGAGCGGGCCCCGGCACCUGAGCAAGUACUCCAUCCUCCUGUUCCCCGCCGAGCUCGAGGCGAGGUCGAAGACAAAGGACUACGACAUCAGCCUGCUGCUGGACAACCCAGAGUUCGGCUGGAUGGAGCAGGUGCUGGACCGACUGGUGCUGGGCCGACACCCGGAGCAGCCGCUGUUCGCGCUGAGCAUGAAGUCGUGGACCCGAGCGUUCAACCUCGCGUCCGCCGCCCUGGACCUGGAGAACCUGGGCCCUCGGCUGCGCCGCGACUAUUGGCAGCACCCUAUGCAGAACUUGAGCUCGUGGGCCCACACCGCCAAGUCGAAGGUGCACCUGGAGAUCUUCAGUGGCUCCGGGAACUGGUCGCGUGCCAUGCGACACGGCCAGGCCUCUCGGCUGGCCCCACGUGUCUUCGAGCUGGACAUGGAGCACGAGCCCGCCCUGGGCGACCUCUCCAGGCGCAGCGUGCAACGUGUUGUUCGGGGUUGGCUUCGUGGGCAGCUGCUCCAGGGUGUGUGGCUGGGUAUGCCCUGCAGUUCCUGGUCCAUGGCGUGGAAUAGGCCCAACGGCCCCCCGGCCCUGCGGGAUGGGAACCAUCUGCUGGGACUCCCUGGUCUCUCGUCAGGCGACUCGCUCAAGGUGAUGCUGGGGAACAGGCUCGCGUGCUUCUCCUUCAGCUUCUUUCUGGAGUGCGCGCUGCGUGGGGCCCCAGCGGCGAUCGAGAACCCGGCCACUUCGUGGGUGUGGCAGACCAAGUGGGCGGUACAUGCCGCCAAGCAGACCAACGUGAAGGUGAUCGACUUUGAUUUCUGUGCUUUCGGCACGCAAUGGAGAAAACGAACCGGAGUCAUGUAUGCGCACGUGAACCUUGACGCCCUGAGUAGUUGUAAGUGCAGUGGCCGUGGCUGUUGCUCUUUCUCGCAGGCGCCGCACAAAGCCCUCGAGGGCAAGGCGCCGUCGGGCUCUUCCCGUGCACCCUACGACCGGUACCCGCCGCAUUGGCAGGACGGGUCGCCGCCCCCGAACCUCGAGAGUUUCGCGUCCGACCUGGUCGCCUCAGACGCCGUGGGGGCCACCGACGUGCUCGUAUUCGGCUCCCGGGGCGGCCAGGUGGUCCUGCCCGAGUUCUGGCGCCAGUGUGGCCCCGAGGUGCCGCCGUGCUUCGUGAUGAACGGUGGUUGCCGUGGUACAGUUUAA